UGUUUAGUACUGUUUUCAGUUAUUGACUCAUUCUCACCCUUCUCUUUGAAGCCGACCCAUUUCCCUUCUUCUUCCUCUGGUUCUCAGCCCCGCAUAUCAGAAACAUAUGACUAUGCAAAUGGGUUCGAAGUCCAACUCGAAGCCCGGUCAAGAUAGGAUCAGUGGCUUACCCGAUGAGAUUCUUUGCCACAUUCUUUCCUUCACUUCCACAGUUGAUGCUGUGAAGGCCAGCGUUUUGUCUCGUAGAUGGGAGAAUAUGUGGCUGCGUGUUCCCACUUUGUACUUAAGUGAUGAUGACUUUCGCAGUGAUGAAAGAGAAUUCGACCCAGAGCGUUUUGUGGCCUUUGUGGACCGUGCACUUUUCCUCCGUGGCUCCUCAAGCAUUCAUAGAAUCUCUAUUAGAUGUAGUGAUACGGAGAAUUAUCCUCAUCUUGAUGAGUGGAUUUGCACUGCAAUUAGGGGUAAUGUUGUCGAACUUGAACUUGAUCUUCAUGAGUCUGAUUUUCAAUAUGAGCCUCUUGAGUUGCCUAGAAGCCUUUUCAUGUCCAGGAGUUUGGUGGUUUUGAAGCUGACGCUGGAAGAGAAUUAUGUUGCAAUUCCUCCCAGCUCAGAUUGUUUUCCAUGUCUCAAGCUUCUUGAUGUUUCAGUCUUUUAUCCUGAUCCUGCCACAAUGGAGAGUCUCUUUACUUGUGGUCCUGUACUUGAACACUUGAUCAUAGAGGGAUAUCUUGGUGAGGACCAAUAUUUGAAUUUCAACAUCUUUGCACCUAAACUAAAAAGACUGGAACUGAGAUUUGAUCCAUGUGAUGAAGUUGAUUCUGUGUCCAACAUUUUGUUUAAUGUCAACGCUCCUAAGCUUGAAAGGUUAGAUCUGAAUGAGAACUUUUUGGCGAGCUAUUGUCUGAGUGAAAAUGCCCUAAGUGAAGCCAACAUUAGUUUCAGUGACCUGCAUUCGGACAUUCAAUUCAUCACUGGUUCUGUUGACCAUAUACAAAGGCUUUUUGAAGGGAUUGUCAAUGUCAAACAUCUGUCACUUCAAGCUCCAUUUUUAGGGGAUCCGGACACUGAAAGUCGUUGUAAUCUGCCUAAACUAAAUAAUUUGAAGCAUUUGGAGCUACAACUGGAAAACUGCUGCUCUUGGCAAUUACUGACCAGAUUGCUCACUAUAUCGCCAAAUCUGGAAUAUCUUGUACUGGAAAUUAACAUACAAUGUUGUGAGUAUCCUAACGAGGAUGGCUGGUCUCCACCAAAGCUUGUGCCUAUUUGUUUGGUCUCAUGCCUUAAAAAUCUGUUCAUACGCGGAUUCAAGGGAAAGCCAGAUGAUAUAGAAGUUGCAAAGUACUUGUUGAAGCAUGGUGAAGUCUUGAAUAAUGUAACAAUUUAUUCUUAUGAUGUCCCUGCAGAAGACAUGUUGAAGGUAUCCCAAGAAAUAAAGGGUUCAAACACUUGUCAAGUCGAAUUUCCAAAGAUUGAUAUGUAGGUCUGUCCAAACAUUUAAGUGACUCAGCGGGUCCUGUUCUUGUCUAUAAAACCUGAAUUUAUCUGUAUUUGUGUUCUUGACUUUUUAUGUUCUCUUUUGGGCUUCUUUAAUAUUGGAGGACCAAGAUCAUUUAAUCUUA